CUGUUUAUGCUUAGCAGUGAGAAUUGAUAUAUUCCAUCCAAAUUAUUCAGUUCCAACUAAAUGAUAAAUAAAUAUUAAUAACAUGUUGAAUUAACAUUACAUAAUUGCAUAUUGUAUGUUUUUCAGACAUGCCUUUUUACAGUAACAGCAUUAGACGUAUUUUAGACAAGUGGCCUGGCAAGCAGCGUUUAGGCAUCUAUAGAUUUUUGCCAUUAUUUUUUGUUCUCGGUGCUGCUUUAGAAUUUUCAAUGAUCAACUGGACAGUUGGAGAAACUAACUUUUAUCACACAUUUAAAAAACGCCAAGCUAAAAAUUUUGUUGAAGAAAAAUUGCAAAUAACGCAAGGACAAGUACAAACACCAACUAAAGAAGUAGCUUAAUUGUAUACGAUCGUAGUUAAAAAUUUGGAAGAAUGCCUGCUGGUGUUUCUUGGGGACAAUAUAUGAAAUUUCUCUCAGCGGCGAUGUUGUCUAUGAUGGCUGGCUCGCAAUUGGUUCA